UCAACUGAUCUUUUAUUUCACAAUUUUCAUAUAUUUUUCAUUGCUUAUUUGCUUUCUAUCUUUGAUCAACUGAUACCCAUCUCAAACUCAAAUUGCUUAUAUAAUAUGACUUGGGAAGAGUAAAGUAGGACUAUUUUUAAUUCUUUAUGGUGUCUGAAGUGUCUAAACUUGAUCAUCUUUCCUGAAAUAUUUCUGCAAGUAUUUGGAGUGUGAAGAGAAACAAUGCCAAGCAUUGCAAAGAUUUUGCUGAGGUCAAUACUGAAAAUGGUAAAUUUUGUAAUGGGAAUAGUUGGGAUUGCAAUGGUUCUAUAUGGGCUUUGGAUGGCAAGAGUCUGGCAGAGAGACAUAGAAGCCUCAUCAUCUAUUGAUGAUUAUGAUUCUACUGCUCCAUGGUUUAUAUACACUUUUCUCAGCAUUGGCAUUACCUUGUGCCUUGUAACAUGCAUUGGCCAUAUUUCUGCAGAUAGCUCAAAUGGUUUCUGCCUUUCUUGUUAUACAGUUAUUAUCAUGGUGAUUCUCUUGUUGGAAAUGGCAGUUGCAGCUGAUAUACUCCUAAAUUCUGACUGGGAAAAGGUGUUGAUCUAUCAGGAUUUGCCUGAGGAUCCAACAGGAAGAUUCCAUGAUUUUAAACAAUUUGUGGAAUCAAAUUUUGAUGUCUUCAAAUGGAUAGGUUUGUUAAUCAUCUUAGCUCAGGGAUCUUGUAUCUUGUUGGCAAUGGCUUUGAGAGCUCUUGGACAAAAUCAUGGAUCCAACUAUGACAGUGAUGAUGAAUACCCUCCUGCCAGGCUUCCACUGAUUAAUCACAAUUUACAGCCACCUUCAUUUGUUGUUGGAGAUCCCCACUUUCCCUCCAAGAAUGAUGCAUGGAAUACAAACAAGUGAAGAAAAUAGCUCAAGAUCAGCAGAUUGUUGUUGAGGCAAAGGUUUAAAUUGAAUCAUCAAAUAUUAGACUUGAAGAUGGAAAUUGUUGAAGACUGCAGAAUUUAUUGAAUCAUCAAAUAUUAGACUUGAAGAUGGAAAUUGAUGAAGAUUGCAGAAUUUUGUAGAAAUAAAUGUUAGCCAUUGUUGUAAUUGGGACUUUCAAGCCCACACCAAUUAUUUUUUGAAACCUAAUUAAUGUUAUGGAAUGACUUUUCAGCCCAAACCAGGCCCAACAACUGCUUUAUUUCUUUAGAAAAAUGCUUUUAAGUAGACAUGUUUUUGUUAAUUUAAGAAAUAAUUAAAAAUUUAGAAUAGAAAGUUCCAAACAAGUAUUAAUGGGUGAAAAAUGAAAUAAGAGGACAUAAAAUAUACAAGCACAGAGCAUUGGGGUGUUUUGUGUUUUGGGAACAGACUGAUAGACCAGCUCUCUGCAAAUGAAGAAUAAAUAACCAACUAAACCUUUCAGCCUAAGACUACAAUAAAAAUUCCGUACUGUUACAGACUCCUUUUUUUUUUUUUUUUU